AUGCACCAGCUCUACUCUGUUAAAGACAGCCUGACCGUGGCCGAGGCCGCAGCCGUGGCAGCCAAGACGGACGGAUGCACCACAGACCAGGCCUUGGAGUUCUUUCAGCAGCUGGAUCGCGGCGCCAAGAAGGUCUGGCGGCGGGCUUCAAAGCGGGCUGCCGCCGCCGCCGCAGCUGCCGCCGCCGCAGCAGCCUCGGCCAACCCAGGCGCAGGGCCAGCGCCACCCCAGGACGUGACCGCCGCACACGCAGCAGCGCGAGCGGCGAUGGCGGCGGCCGAAGCGGCGCGGACCGCGGCCAGCAGCAGGCUGCAGGGGAUGCUGGAUGCUGGCGGCGGGCUGCGAGACGCGACCGUCAUAGGCAAGCACCCAGGCUGCAGCCAGUUUGUGUCGUUUAUGUCGGGGCUGGUCAGCAAUGUGGUGCGCUGCGAGGCGGCACUGGCUGUGGCCGCCAGCCGGCCCACGAUCCGGGCAAAGCUUGUGGCCACGGGCGGUUUCCUGACCACUCUGGAGGAGUGGCUGGAAGCUGCCAGGCAGCAGGGGCAGUACACGAUGCUGCGGGACGUACUGCUGGCGCUGGCCGGCCUCCCGCUGCAGGCGCCGCUGCUCCGCGGCAGCCUCAGCCUGCAGCGUGCCGUGCGCCAGCUGCAGCAGCACAAGCACCCUGCAGCGGCAGAGGCAGCGGCCAGCCUGCACCACGCCUGGCAGCAGCUGCUUGGCCACCGCGGCGGCGAGGCGACGGCUGUGGCUGCGGCUGGCGCCGCGCAAUCGGGCGUGCCGCCGCCACCGCCACCGCCGCCACCCCAGCAGCAGACGCAGGCCCCAUCCGGGCAGCCGGCAGCCAGCAGCCCUGCAGGGCAGCCUCCGGCCGGGGCAGAGCUGGUAGCCGUGGGAAAGAAUGGCGGCGGCGGCGCUGCCCCGCAAGCGCCCGCUCCCGGCGCCGGCAUGCAGCAGCCUGCGGUGCGCGGCUUCUGGUCGCUGCCGGCGGCAGCCAACGGCCCGCGUGCAGCGCAGCGCCCGCUGUCGGCCGACGACAUCAGGCGGCAGCAGGAGCGGCAGCGCCAGGCCGCGCAGCUGGAGGCGCUGCGACGCCGGGAGGCGGCGGCGGCGGCACGCGCGCCGCCGCAGCCUGCGGCCUCGCAGCAGACGCAGCAGACGGCGCGCACGGGUCAGGUGCGCGGCACGCGGGCGCUGCGGGACUCUCCGAUGUUCAAGAAGCUGCGCAUGUCGAUAGCGGCGGUGAAGGCCGGAUCCACCAUAGCCCCCAGCCGCAACAGCGACGCCGUGGGCCACGCCUCGGCGGGAGCGGAGGUGGCGCAGCCUGCAGGCCAGGCGGACGCGCCUGCUGCGCUCCCCGCCGCCGGCGACGUCGCGCCAGCCGCGGCCGCAGCGGUGCCAGCCCCCAGCGCCAGCCACGAGGGCAGCGUGCUGCAGCGCCAGGAGUCGGUGAGGAGCGCCCACGCCGGCCCCACCGCCAUUAGCACGCCCGCCGAGCAGCGGCAGCAGGAGUGGGAGCGUGCGGCAGCAGGGGACAAGGAUGCCCAGCAUGAGACCGCCAGCACGUACCUGGCGCAGCUCAAGGCCACGCUGACGCAGGACCAGUUCCAGGCUGUGCGCGGAGAGCUCAGGGCCUACAAAGAGAGCAGGGACGUGGGGCGGCUGCUGGCGCAGGCGCUGCCGCUGCUGCAGCCGCACCCGGCCCUGCUGGAUGCCUUUGCCGCCUUCCUGCCCAAGGCAGAGCGCCCGUUGAUGCAGCAGCUGCUGCAGCAGCUGCAGGAGGCGGCCGAUGCCAGCACAGCAGCGACGGCAGCAGCGGCUGGGCCGGCAGCGAGGCCUGGCGCAGGAAAGGCGGUGGCGGCGCUGAAUGUAGGCGCGCAGCAGCCGCAGCCCGCAGAGGGCCUCACUGGCAGUGCGGCGGCAUUGCAGCAGCAGCAGCAGCAGCAGCAGGGACGGCAGAAUGCAGCAGCAGGGGAGCCAGUCACGCAGCCGAUCCAAGAUCCAACGGCUUUGGUGAGGGUGAAGCAGGAGGAGGAGGAGGCCCCGCCGCCGCCGCCGCCACCUGUGGUGUCUGCCGCAGCUGCGGUGCCGGCAGCACCUCAGUCGCCCACAGCAUCACAGGCUGCACCAAUAGCACCGACGCCGCCAUCGGCAGCAGCCCAGGCAGCAGCAGCGCAGGCAGCAGCAGCAGCGGCAGCGGCGGCGGCGGAGCGCUUACCAGCAGAGGCGGCGCUGCCGCCUGCAUCGCCGCCUGCGGCCGCGGCGUCGAUGGCUCCUGCUCGCAUGGCGGCAAGCAGCCCACCAGAGGCGGCUGGCAGGAAGCGGAGGUCUCGCUGGGGAGAUCCUUCUGAGACCAGUGCAGCAGCAAACUCUCAGCCCGCGGCGCAGCCCGCCGCGCAGCAGCGGCAGGCGCUGCCGCAGCAGCACAGGCCGCCGCCGCGGCGCCGGGAGGCGGGCCAGGAGCGGGACGCGAAGCGCUCGCGGCAGGGCGGGGCGCGGGGGAGCAGCCAGCCCAAGAGCUUGGAUCGGCAGGCGCCCAGGGGGUCGCCGCCGCAGCCGGCACAGCAGGCUCAGCAGGCGGCGGCGCCACCCUGGAGGCGCGACAGGGAGCAGGUGCCCACAGGUGCCGUGGCAGGCGCCUCCCUGGCCGCGCCGCCUCCCUGGCAUCGGCGGCAGCCGGCUGAGCAGCCGCGUGCCCCGCUUUGCAUGGUGGAGCAGCUGCCGUGGCAGGAGCCGCCGGUGUGUGAGGUGGAAGAGCUCCCGCACAUCGCUGCGCCCGGGCAUGGGGAGGAGAGCACCGAGGCCUCGAGCCUGGUAGAAGCGCGGCGGCGUGAGGCGCCCCGUGGGCCGCACAACCCGCUGCCGCCAGAGCCGCUGCCGGCGCCGUAUGAGGGGCAGCGCGAGAAGCGGCGGCCGGCAGCGAUACCCUACGUUCCGGUGAAUGCUGAGGAGGAGGCGCAGCAGGAGGAGAUGCUGAGCGCGCGAGGCUGGCGCCCGCUGCACUCCUCGCGCUCUGGCCGCCGCUGA